UUUCCGAGGUCGCACAGGAAGAGUGAUGUGGCUGUGAGACCGUUUUGAAAAUGUCUGCCAUCUUCAACUUCCAGAGUCUCCUUACCGUCAUCCUGCUGCUCAUCUGCACGUGUGCCUACAUCCGGGCCCUGGCUCCCAGCGUGCUUGACAAGAACAAAACCGGAAUUCUGGGAAUAUUUUGGAAAUGUGCAAGAAUAGGAGAGAGAAAAAGUCCAUAUGUAGCUUGCUGCUGCAUCAUCAUGGCCAUCACCAUUUUGUUCUCUGAGUAGCGCUGUGUCAGGAUCAACAUCCAAGCACUGUAGCCACAAUCCAGAUCUGCCUCCAAAGACUCGAGGGUGCAAGAUGAACGUCAUCGAUCUGCUGCUUCUCUCCCCUUCUGCUGAUACAUCCCUACACUUUCCAGCAUCUCCAUAAACGUUGGAUUGCAGCAGCGUUUCCAUUUUUUUCUCAUGUGCUCUGCUUCCUGGCCUCCAACCUCCCAGGAGUGGUGUUAUGGAUGUGCAAAAGUGAUGCUCAUAUUUCUCUUUGAUCAUGGAGUUGUUUAUAACCCCACACCAGAAAAACUGUCAAAUUCGUGCAUUUCGGCAGAAUCUAUUUGCUGUGGUCUAGGGCCAAGAAUGUUUAGCUCUGAAAUUAUACCACUGUGGAUUUUGCCAAACAUCCACAAAACCACACAGGAAUUGUUUAAAGAAGAGCUUGUUUAAACCCAUAUUUAUUCCCUGUUUGUGGAACACAUGGGGUGGGAGGGAGAUGCCCCCCCCACUAUUGUUUCUAAGCAAAAAGUGACUGAACCUCAUUCCUGUUCUUUCCCAGGAAAUGCAAAUGCAUUUGGGCUGUUUAUGCGGACUUUGAACAUUCUUUGAGUCAAAACAGAUUCAAAACAGAUUUUGACAAUAAGUAUAACUGUAAAAUCUUUUUAAUCUUGAACCUGCAUUGGUGCAUCGCCUGAAAAUAAAUUGUUCAGUACAAAUUCUUUUUUGUAUCCUGGGCAAUAUGUUGUCGUUGAAGCUGGGAAUAGGAGUCAAGGAAACCCUUACCUACAGCAUAAGAAUAAUGAGAGAACCAGCAGAUAUCAGUGUGGGCUGCAGAAAUGUUUAUUUUAAUCUGUAAUCAGUUCUGAUUUUUUUUUUUUUUUUUUUUUUUUGGUGGGGGGGGGAUGAUUCCUUUUUGUUGAAGUGCCCAAGUUAAAUAUACAAUGUGAUUAAGGCUUUUUCUGUACAUAAUAGAUGUGUAAAACAUUCAUGUUUUGGCUUAAUUAAAGCAAGGAUUUUCAAGUUUCAAGAAAUAAUUUUAUUUGCCUGUUUGCUUGAUUCUUGCGUAAUUACUUGCUCCUUGCUAUUUAUUUCACAUGGGUCCUUUUAAAUACAUUGAGAAGAUUCUGCUUUUUUAUCUCCCUGAAGAAUUAUUAAAGAAGGGUCUAUGUUGCACUUUGUUGUCACUUUUUGGAAGGAAAGUGCUGAACAAAAUAUGAUUUUUUGACAUAUACAAAGUAACGAAGAAGUUAGUCUGGCGAUACUAUAGUUGGCAUCCCAGGAACUUCUUACAUAAAUGUAAAAAAUAGAUUUAAAAAA